AUGUCGGUUAGCUUGUCGGAGGCGAGACAGAGGAUGAUCUCUGGUUACGGGAUGCUGGCCAUCGAGGACCCGGCCCCGGCGGCGACCAAGGCCGCCGGGGAACCGAUCGCGACUGAGCUCACGGGCGAGAUCACCCCGAGCGGGUCCGCAUGCGAGGGGGAGGAGGACUCCGAGGGCGAGCUCACGAGGACGCUCUCGGCUCUCCAGCGGCUGUCCGUCGAGGACCAGACAACGCUCCGGAGAAAGCUGGGAGCCCAGCAGCAGCAGCAGUCGUCGCGGUGCCUGGAUGACAACAAUAGGAGUAGCAGCCAACCGGAAGGGGCCGCCGCCGCCGCCGCGGCCGGGUCAAAGGAGGGCAAGGGGGAGCAGGGCAUGGCCGCCCUGGGCGUCCCGGCCGACUCGCCCUUCCGAGUCGUGCUGCAGAAGGCCGUUGUAGAGAGCGAUCUGGACGCGGCGAGGGCUGCGCUCAGGUCGGGAGCGGAUCCCAACGAGAGGGACGACCUGUGCCACAGCUCCCUCCACUUCGCAGCUGCCAAGGGAGACAUCGGCUGCCUGAGAGAGCUCAUGCAAUCGGGAGCGCGGGCUAACGUCGCGAACAACGUCGGGUGGAGCCCGCUUCACUACGCUGUUCUCGGCGGUCACGUGUCUGCCGUCGAGGCCCUCUUGAGGGCUGGCGCCUACCCCUGCUUCCGCGACAACCACCUCAUCUCGCCGCUGCACCUGGCGUCCACCCAAGCGUGCGAGAAGGAUACGUUCCGGCAAAUGGCUGAGCUCCUGGGUCCCUCGGCGCUGCUGGCGCGAGACGAGCUCCAACAAACUCCUCUCCACGUGGCGGCCUCCUGCGGCAACCGCGGCGCCGUGUCCGUCCUCCUCGAGCUCAAUGCCGACCCGGAGGCCACCGACCGCAAGGGCCGGGUCGCCGGCCAGUCCUUCCUCCGCCAGGUGACCCGCCGCGCGCGGGCCGACAUCCGUGCCUCCCUCGCGGCCGCGGUCGAGCGCAUUCACGCGCCUCCGGCGGACGCCGAGGACGACGAUCUCGACGCCGAUGGAGGCGGUCUCCCUCCGAUGCCCGGCGGGAUGAAGCGUGCCACGUCUACCGCGAGCUGCGAGUCGGCCGAGCCUGUCAGGAAGCCCUCCAUGCUGAGCCUGCUACAGAUCGGGGGGUGGGGUGGCGGUGGCGGGGGUGACGCAUCGGGCAGGGGGGGGGGAGAGACUUCGUUCAGUGGGACCCCCGCCGUCGUGUCUUGUUAGGAUGGCGAGCGAGAGAGGAAUGAAAGUUCAUAGUUGGAGGGUGUGAGGGGAUAGGGUGCGAGUGGUUUGUUGUGUGGGCGUGCAUGUGUCCCGGGGGGAUGGUGCACAGAGACUGGAAAAAUCAUUAUAUACAUAUUUCUGUUUGCAGCCACGGUAGCUGGCUGCGGUUGACGGGGGGAGGGGGGGGGAAGGGAGGGAGGGAUCUAGUCUUUUGUGCUUUAGUUGUUUUUCGGCGUGCGUUGCUGCAGCAGUCAGCAGCCGCACUUAGGUAUCUUUACAGCUACGGCACUGGCUGUUGUGGGCAUGGGAGAGAGUGGGGGGGCGUGUUCGUGUGAUGGAAUCGGGGUUGGAGGGGGGAAGGUGUCGAGAAAGGCGACAGGGUGGGAAGGAGUUGGACCAGGUGUGGCUUCACUUAAGUAUGAUAUUUCCUGUUUGAUGCUGCACAUAUAUAUAAUAUACUGCGUCGGAGAUUGUCUGUAGCAUGUCUCUUGCGCGCGUGCGCGCAGCUGUUCUUGUCUUGCGUUGAAUCCGUCCCAACGGUGUUCAUGAUUGAAGUUUUGGUGUUGCUUUUUCGCCGGGCGCCUCUUUUUUCUUUUGUCCGGUCUCACUCCGCUUCCCUAGACCCCCCCCUUUUCCCUUCCAUCUCACGCACAUGAGCGUGUACGCUGAUUGUGCGGCCGAAAAGGAGAGACUUAAGGACGCGGAGGAGGCGUAUUGCAUGGGGUUUGUUGUUGCGCGUUGUCUUGUUGCGGGCGUUUUUUUUAUUUUUUUAGUUGUGCUUCUCUUGUUUUGGUCGAGAGAAUAGAGAAGACGAGGCUUGGACUGGUUUGUGUGCGUAAAGAAGGAGACCAGACACGGCAUCGAUGGCUCGUCUCUCUUUCGCCUACACGCAGUGCAGUUCCCGUGUGCCCCGCGUGUGUUAAUUGUGCUUGGGUGUCUUGAAAUUGAAAUGAAAGACUGUUAGGGGUGCGGCAGGUUGUGUUCAUGAGGUCCCAAGCCUUGGCUGUCCAGUGUUGUUGCCGUGUCUCGCGACAGCCCUCUGGCCGGUCAUGGCUGCUGUUUUCGGCCGGUGUCCACCGGCUGCCGUUUGGGCAGGCCGAUGACAUGCCGUCUUUGGAUGAAAGCGUCUGUUGGCUAGCUUUUGUUUGUCUUGGGGGCUGUCUGUUAAGAGCACAGCAGCAGCAGGAACAUGUUUCAAUUCAGCGCACUGUAAAGUUUGGACGCCAGUUUGCGGCAGGCUAGUCGGCAGACGGGAUUGGGUUUGGAGGGGCGACGAUAAAUUGGAAUGUAGGGUCAUAGGUUAGGACUCAUGGUAUACAUACAUUUGUUAAUAUGCCUGUGGAGCGUGGAUGGAAAAGAGUUGGACUGGACUGCUGUCAAGCGUGUUGUCAGGGGUACUUGUUUUUGUUUGUUCAGAACUUGUUACUGGAAGGGGUGCUUUGGGUGUGUGUGAGGGGGGGGAGGGGGGAAAAUUUGUCCCCUGUCGGUUAUGUAUCGUCUGGCUUUUUUUUUUGUAGACACACACCAAAUCAAUGGGACGAGCAGACAGUGGGGAAACCAAGCAUCCGGCGGCGGUUCGAUAAAAGGGGAGGGAUCGAAGGAAGCGAAGGGUAGACGAGUUUUUUCUCACGUGUGUUGCGUUGUUUGCCGACAAGUUUGAGCCAGCUUGAUCUAAGAGGGGGGUAGGGAUGCAAAACGGGGGUACAACAACGGACCCUCGCGAGACUGUUAACGCCGUGGUGCAGCCACCGCGAAGGUGUGUCUGGUGGUCUUCCCGUCCAUUGAGCGCUUCUUUUUGGGCGUUUAGGCGGGAUCUAGAUAGUUUGUUCGUUGUUGCACCAAGCACGGUGUUUCCCCUGGGCUUGGAAUCCCCGGGAGGCCGAAACACCUCCCACGGUAUACAUAUACAUAGGACUGUCUGUGACUUGCUUGCGUGUUUUUCGAUACCAAAAAAAAGUAGUUGAAUGUCUUUUCUGAUUGGUUUGGUCUUGGAGGUCUGAAUUGUCGUAUGAUUGUUCGCUCGUUAGACCUUUACAUGGGAUGUAGCACCAGCGUGCGGUCAUGGCGGUUGCGCAUGCGUGCGUACGCUCGCACUCGUUUGCGUUACUGCGACGUGUGCGUGUGUAGACCACACGAGAGGGUGAGGAGGAAAAAAGAACGAAAACGGGCUAGGAUAGUUAGUUGUGGCGUGUCGCUGUUACGGGAAAAGGGGGUCUCAUGUGUUGUGCUUCCUCCACCCCCUCCACCCCCACCCCCACCCCUAUCUCCUCGUUCUUGGGACGGAUAGUAGAGAAAACCGCUCUUCGAUUUUUUAGAUUGCUAGUUCCGAGUCCCAUUAGGGCAGACAGACAGACAGACAGGGGUUGGAGAGAAUGGACGCGAAUUGAAUACAUGAAAGACGGAGGAUAUGAUGGAUGUAUGUGUCACGCGUUGCCGACGGGAUGGUAAUGGAUGUUGUGAUUUGUGAUGGAUUGGUAUCGUAUCUGGUGGGAUUAUUUUUUAAUUUAACUUUCGUGUCGUAACCGUGCUUAUACGACCAAGUACGAUGAGAUGGGGCAGUCAAAGGGCAGCAGUUGGAGCGCUUUCACCUCCACCCCCGCACCCGUUGGUGUGCGUUGCUAGCCGUAGCACCAAGGAGGGGGGGGGGGGCAAAACCUUGUUGUCGACCACGACCGUUGCCUACAUGGUUCGCAGUUUUUUUUUUUUUGUCGGUGGGGAUGUGCUGUCGUGACUGGUGGUGAUGGAAAAUGAGAAAAACAAGGGUGACUUCUCGGAGGAACCUGGUUUUUUAUUGUUGUUGCAAUAAUAAUCAAUAUCAAUUUUCAAUGAACGCCGACUUCCCGUGGCGGGGAGGGAGAGGAAUCGCCGGCGGCAGGGGCGCAACGAGCUGCAUGCACGACCCCCUUGAAGCUAAAUGUUUUGUUUGUUGUGGUGUGCUCUUCUUGCCGAACCACACCACCUCCUCCUCUAAUAAUGUUGUCGCUAGUUUUUUCGCGCGAUGAAUAUUUUUUUUUGCUUG